AUGCUGGACUGGAUCAAGGGGAACGAGCAAACUCUACAGACUACAGAUGACUCCAAGUUGCUGGACCCCCCUGAGACCCCAGGCCAUGUCUUCGCAAUUCGUGCUUUUAAGAGCGCUUUAUUUGGUACUCCGGGAGCAGAGGAAGAUGAAAACAACGCGUCUCAGAAACAGCCCGGCCGCCAACGAAGCAAGAGUGACACGAUAAAACCAGCGCCAGAGAUCAAGACCGACGCGAAACUAGCCGACGCGACUUACAACCCCACGGGAUCCCCCACGAAAAGCAUACUUGUUACACCCGGAACUGCUCUGCGUCGUAAAACGGUAUCCUUUGGCGAAAGUGUCAUCGACAAUGAAGGGAAACGCCCGGGCUCGGCCAGUAAGCCAGCCAAGACUCCGCCAAAUCCCUCCGGGACCCUCAGUACCCAAUGGAUGUCCGGAUCAUCAGAUGGAAGUGGCAAGCCGAGGAGCAAACUUACCCAGACACUCAUGAAUGCACGCGAGAAUGCGUCCAGGAACUCCGAACCGGCCAAGUCUGAUGAGAGCACAGGAGACGCGAAAUCGGUCAUAGUCCCUGAGUCAAAGGAUACCCUCGACAAAGAUAUCACUCUCAAUUUGGAGGACCCUCAAUCAGAGUCAGGCAAGUACUGGAAAACCGAGUUCGACAAUUAUCGUGUGAGGACCAACCGAGAGAUCAAGAAAUUGAUCCACUACCGGUCGAUUGCCAAAUCCUACGCCCGGAAGAAGGAUACUGAAGCUAUGCGGCUGGCCGACAAGCUGAAGGAAGAAGAAGAAAAGGUCGCCGAGAUGGAAAGGCAGGUGUCACGGCUUGCUUCUUCCAUGGUCAGGGAGGGAUCCACAGGCGAUAAGGAACAAUUGCUUCAGAGUUUGACCAAACAAACUGCUCUUGCAUUACAAUACAAGCAGCAAGUUACCUCGCUACGCAACACCUUAGAACGGCAUGGUAUCGUAAGCGAUGCGGCAAAUAUCACACAGAAGAAAAAUGAAGAGCUGCCUUCAAACGCCUCAACGGACGAGCUUCGCAAAACACAGCAAGAAUUGGAACAAGCCAAUGCCAAGAUUGAGGAGAUGAAAACACAGCUAUCUGAAAUGAGCACACUUCAAGACCUCGCGCAGAAUUCAGAAAAGAAAGCCCAAGCCCUCGAGAAAGAGAACAAUACUCUGAAACAAACGCUGGCCCGUGUGAAGCAGGAAAUGUCCCGAUAUGAAGGUCGGCGAAAGGACAAGGAGAUAAGACUAAAGCAGAGAGAGGCCAGACUGGAGCAGCGGAUCCAAGAAUACAGAGAGAAGCUCAAAACGGUCUGCCACGAGCACCGUGCCUCGGAGGAGAACUUGAGAAAUACUUCCGAUGCAGAGCGCCGCAACUUGCAGAAACAGAUCGACCUUCUGAAGCUGCGACUUGGUCCUACUGAACGCUUCCCGGUGCUACCUUCCACUGAGCGGCAAUUCCUAAGUCCUCACAAAGACAACACAGGCGUUCAGGAGUUUGACUUUGCUGGCCAGGAUUUCACCGGUCAGGAUCUUGAGAAACCUGAAGAAGAGCUUACUGAAGAUAUCGAGCUUCCCCCAAGCCCGAGUCCACGUUCCAAAGUCCGCGAUUCGCGACCUGCGCAGAGCAGUGCUACGUUGUGUACAUUUGGCAUGAGGCCAAAUUCCCGAGAUAUAGCCGCAGAUGAUGACGAGGUCACACAUUACCUACACGAAAUUCUAGUGAAGCCCCGGCUCGAAUCCAAUUAUGCUGUGUUGGAUGAAAUUCCCCCAUCCUCACCUCCCGAUCUCACAGCCCUGAAGUCGCUGAACCGCGCGUUCUCAAGACGCCGACUCGGUGAAGGCCAGCGGGCCUAUCGGAAUCCGAACCUCCCUGCUGACGAUGACACUCAGCUCAGCAACCGACGGACACAACGCGAGCGUACCCACAUCAAAUCUAACCUCGAUUCAAUGCCAGGCCUCCCGUAUCGCAGCCGGCUUUCAGGGUAUACCGUUUUAGCGGGCGAACGGGUGGGCAAGCGGUACGGACUGACUGAUGUCCGGCGUGAAGUUCUCUCUCCCGAACGAAUUGCUGCUGCCAAGUCACGGCUCAGGCAGAAGGACAGUCGCAGAAUCACAGUACUUGGAAAGGAAAACUCUUGA